AUGGACUUUAACUUCACAUGUAUAACAAAUGAUUUCUUUGUUACAAUAACUAGAAAUGAUAUAGAUGAAUGUGCACUUGUUCAUACCAAUUCAGAUGGAAGUUGUAUAUUUUUGAGAGACUGUAAUUUAAAUUUUACAAUUAGUUGUAACUUUACCACCUAUACUUUAACCAUACCUGGCUCAUUUGAUAUCAACACCUUACAUGGUAGUAAUUGGUCAUGUUCAGGUGAUUUUGGAGCAGACAUCUCUAAUAGAGUGAUGCUAUAUGUAAACGUUCCUAUUACAAGACUUUCAAUAAAGUCGCUUUCGAGUGGUGAUGAUAACCCGAUAAAAAUUGUGAGGGGCAGCAGACAAACAUUCACAUGUUCUUCCGAUGGUGGCCGACCGCCAUCAAGUAUACAAUGGUAUAUAUCUGACACCAAUAUAACAGGCGACUCUAAAGUUCAGACUUAUAUCUGUAAUCCGGGAUGUAAUGGUAAAGUAAUGUCAUCAAGUGCUCUGGAAUAUACCGGAGAUAAUGUCGACAACGGAAAGAAAAUAUAUUGCACUGCUGUUAAUGUAGAAGGACAUUAUGUCAGAUCGCACGACAUAGAAAUCGUUAUUUUAUAUCCCCCUUCAGUCACUAUUGUACCUAACUAUAAUCCAUAUAUCUUAUACGAACGACAACAGAACAUCGUAUUUUCAUGUGUGAUAGAUGCAAAUCCUAGUAGUAAUAUAACGUACAACUGGAAUUAUCCGAAUGGUAGUAUAAACGGUAAAUUCCUUACCAUACCAACUGUUAAAAGAGGUAAAAGUGGACUGUAUUCCUGUUAUGCUACAAAUUCAAUUGGCACAUCAGAAAUUACGACUAAACAGUUAGAAAUACAAUUGUUAUCUGCUAACAAAACUGUGAAGACGAAUACUAUUGGUAUCUGGUUUGGAUCUUCUUUGGCUGCACUUAUUGCAAUCGCAUUUACAGGUCUUUUUGUAUUUAAGUACAGGAAACGUCAGGUACCAAAUGGAGAAGAAGAGAACAAUCAUCAGAAAGAAACGGCUAUUUAUGUAAACUUGGAGUUAAAACCUUCAACAUUUACCUAG